UUUGUAUGUAUCAUCCUAUUUAUUAGAGGUAAUUGUCAUAACCCUACUCAUAAUUACAAUUUUGAAUUUUCUAUCUCAUUAUUUAUAACGAUGGCGUCUUCAAUUAGAAAUUAUUUUAAGUUUAAUAUUUCAUUCAGUCUGAUUCAAUGUGUCAAGAAAAGAAGAAAAAAUCAGUCCAGUUAGAUUUGAUCUCAACCGUGUAUGUAAACCAACCACCCAAAUACAUGCAAGUACUGUAGCCUAUAGCUAAGUUUUAUCUUUCUAUGAUUAGUUCUUUCCAAUAAUUGUUUGUGAGAUAUAAAAUACAAGAUAUAUAAAAAGAAACUUGCAUUAAAUCCUUCUAGGUUAAGACUUUAAUUUUAAAAUUAAUUAAUAUUCGUCUACCAGUGGCUCAAUCAUGUUUAUUAUUUAUUUGAGUGGAAUACCACACAUGAUUCAUGAAUGGUGAAUAUUUAUAUAUAGCUGUAGGGUUAGCAUAUAUCAGUUGUUACUUUAGCGAGUUAACCGACAAAAACAUGUGAAGAGUAUCAAAUGGUAGUUCUAACAUCGCUAGUUCAAUCUAAUUUAGGAGUAAUGAUUUUCUUUUAAAACGCAGUUGUUGGUCGUAAACACCACAAAUACGCUAGUAUCCAAAUUCUUCUAAAAAUGUAAAGAAAGAAAUACACUUCUACCAAAAAGUUGGUGUCAUCUAACUUAAGAAACAAAGAAUGGCACAGUUUAUAAAUGUUUAAGAAAAUAGGGUUCCAUAUUCCCCAGUUACAUGACUUGUGAAAAAUAUUAGAACUUGGCCCAUAUAUUAUCAAAACUGGCCCAUUAACAAUGCCCAUACUGAAAGCCCAACUAAACAUAAAUCCUAAAAUCCGAUACAAGUCCCAAGCCAUCAUCGUCUUCAUCUCUGACAACACCAUGCAUACCAAGGAGGAGACGCAAUGGGUGAGAGAGCCAACCUCAAACUCUGAAACUUUUCAACCGCAACAGCGUUCCAUGUUCUCUUUCUUUACGUUCGGACCUUUGACAUUGUUGUUUUGUAAUGUGAACAGCGAGAAUCAAGGUUCAUGAGCUGAGGGAGAAAUCAAAAACUGACCUUUCGGCUCAGCUGCAGGACUUCAAGGCGGAGCUAGCUCUUCUUCGCGUCGCCAAGGUCACUGGAGGCGCUCCAAACAAGCUCUCAAAGAUGUAAGUCUCUCUAAUAUAGCUUAACGCUUCCGUUCUUGAUCCGUUCCGACAGUGACUGAUCUAAGUUUGUGUUUGUGUUUUUAAAGUAAGGUGGUGAGGAAGUCAUAGCUCAGGUGUUGACCGUGAUAUCACAGAAGCAGAAGCUUGCUCUGAGAGAGGCGUACAAGACCAAGAAGUUUUUGCCUCUUGAUCUUCGUCCCAAGAAGACUAGAGCUAUCAGGAGGAGACUCACCAAGCAUCAGGCGUCGCUCAAGACAGAGAGGGAGGAGAAGAAAGAAAUUUACUUUCCAAUUAGAAAGUACGCUAUUAAGGUGUAAUCUUUUAUUAAUCACAUCAUUUAAACAUUCCUUAAACUCAUCUUAUUGAAAGAUUAUUAUUCACAAACGCGUUAUAUUUAUUUUAACAAAACGUUCAAGUGAAUUAUGAAAAAUGUACAUGUGAGCUGAGAUUAUAAAGUAACUAUGUUGUAUAUAGUCUAAAACUCAAACAUCGAUUAUAAUUUUUUUUGCUUCUUAAGCUAAACAUCAGUUUGAUCUUAUAAAAUUAUCUGUGAGAAAGAGACAAAUGUUGAUAAAUUUGGACUUUGGAAUAACUUGUCCUAGUCUCCUAGAGCCACGAUUUUGACUUUUGGAGGAUCAAUGCAGCCAAUUUGUUUUCAUGUUAUGAUUAUCUCAUUGUUCAUUUUAAUUCAAACAACUAGUACUCGGUUGACAGAACCAAAGUAACUUUAAAAUAACAACAUAACCGAUUCUUCAAUCUCUCUACCUAACCACCUCUAAAUCUCUAACCGGAUUGUUAUAAGUUUUGUGUUGUUAACUUGCUAUAUGUCGAACAGCUUAUUGCUGGUCUAGAUUUGCUUUGUCAGCUCUGAUGCAGACCGUCAUCUAUAAGCCGUUGACUUUGUUAAGCAAAUUAUCUUCUUAUUUUUUUCCAUCAAUUCAACUCGUGUAUGUAUUUGUAUUUUUGUAUAUUAUAAGGCAUGUAAAAUACAUAACAUGAGAGAGAUCACGCGUAUCUUUGUUCGGCUAGUCAAAGAAAUAGGUUAAUAGGCUUAUAUAGUGAACAAACAAUGAUCUGAAAGUGAUAAAAUAUAUGUUAUAUCUUUGGUUUCAGUAUUUACAAUUGAAUUAUAUAAGUCGUAGUUUCACACUCAUACUAACCUCUCAACUUGUCUGUAUCUUAUGGAUUCAUAACACAAAAACUAACAAUAAGUAUGUAGCUUCAUAGAUUUACAUAAUGAAGUGUUAUAUAGGUACAAUUAUAAAUAAAAAUUGAAAAUCUUUAAAGGUAAACACAACUCUAAUAAAAACAAUAUAAAAGCCGUGGAAUUAAUUAACGAAGAUAGAACCAUAUAUUAGAAAACUCAAAGUCGACAAUGUGAAAUCUUCAAAAGUCUCAUUGUUCUCACCUCAAAACUAAAGUUGACUUUGUCACCAAAUCCUAUAUUUUAACAAGGUAUCACAUAAAACACACCUCUUAUAUUUGUAUUAAGUAAUCCAAAAUUUGCUAAGUCAAAAGACUCAAAUUCACUACCUAUAGGCUAUAAUGCAUCCAUCUAACUAAAGACUUAUUUGUAUUAAGUAAAUACAGAAUGAUAUAAGAAACAAAAAAAAACUACAAUAUUUUGUCAAUUUACUUGUAUUUACCUAGAGAAUUAUACCAUUAUACUUUUAAUUAUUCGUUCAAAUAUAGUUUUAAGUAAUAGAAAUGUUUGGUUUGGUCUUUGGUUACAAUCAAAACAUUGAGAAACCAUCUCUCUCUCUAUAAAAUGUUCAUUGACCUUACAAAGACAAUGAAUAGAGUAUCACCCAAGUAACUCUCAUCAAUGUCAAAACAAGCCAAGUGUGUUUCUUUCUCCACCACUUCUCCUAAAUCAAUCCUGUCUUCUCUUUCUUCAUCCACUUCUUUCUCACAAUCCCCUAUCAACCAGACUUUUUCUCUGUCCAUGGUGGAGGAAACCUUGGAUUCCACGGAACCAAUCAUCAAGAAAUGGGAUCCAAACACAAAGACCAUCUCUCUGUUCAGUCACAGCAGAAAACAAGCCAAAGAGUUCAUCAUAUGCGUCCGUGACUUACGCAGAGCCAUGCACUUUCUUGUCUCUCAACACUCUCAAUCUCCCAACCUUGUUCUUACACAUAGCCUGAUGGAGAUUGCUAUGUCCAGGCUUGAAAAAGAGUUCUUCAUGAUACUAUCUUCCAACCUAGACCAGCUUGAUCCUGAAUCAGUCUCUGGUCACUCCUCAAUAUCUAGCUAUUCAGAGUUUGAAUAUGUUAUGCAAUCUGAUGAUGAGAUGGAGAAGGCUAGUGAAUCCAUCUCUGAGGUUGAGAAAGCUUCAGCUCUGGUGAUGUCUGACUUAAAGGUCAUAGCAGAGACUAUGAUCAGCUGUGGUUAUGGUAAAGAGUGCAUAAAGAGUUAUAAGAUGAUCAGAAAGUCAAUAGUUGAUGAAGGGCUACACUUACUUGGGAUCCAAAAGUGCAAGAUCUCCUUGUUUAACAGAACUGAUUGGAGCGUGCUUGAGCCUAUGAUCAAGAACUGGAUCAAAGCUGCAAAGAUUGGAGUCACAACACUCUUCAAAGGAGAGAAACUUCUCUGUGAUCAUGUCUUCUCUUCUUCCACUACAAUAAGAGACUCUUGCUUCUAUGAGAUAGCUAACGAAUCAGGGCUCAAUCUCUUUAGUCUACCUGAGCUCGUCGUCAACAAGGAGAAGAAACCACCACCUGAGAGGAUCUUCAAGCUCAUGGAUCUCUAUGCAGCUAUCUCUGAACUCAGGCCAGAGAUAGAGCUGAUCUUCAACUUUGAUUCAGUUGCUUCUGUCAAGACAUUGGCUAUUUCAUCACUCAAGAAACUCAAGAACUCAAUCCACACGUGUCUCACGGAGUUUGAGUUGACAAUACAAAAGGAUUCUUCUAAAGCACUUACUCCUGGAGGAGGGAUUCACAGGCUGACUCGAACAACAAUGAGUUUUAUAUCAUCAUUGUCUGGAUACAGCCGUGUCUUGUCUGAGGCCCUUGCGGAACACGCUAUCAAGAGAAACACUCGUUUUCUUGAAUCUUACUUCACGGCUCCAAUCUUGGAAGAUGAACACAUCAACCACCAUGCAACCUCGGUCCAUAUAGCUUGGCUCAUACUGGUUCUCUUAUGCAAACUAGACAUUAAAGCAGAGAGUUACAAGGAUGUGUCUCUCUCUUACCUCUUCCUAGUCAACAACAUUCGGUUAGUGGUUGAUACCGUUCGUUCAACUCAUCACCUCAGGAACCUUUUAGGAGACGACUGGCUCACCAAGCACGAAGCAAAACUCAGAAGCUACACUACAAACUACGAGAACGCAGCAUGGGCCAAAGUUUACCAAACCGUACCGGUGAGAACCAGUACCACACUAUCACCAGACCAGGCCAAAACACAUUUCAAGAGGUUUCACGUGGCAUUCGAAGAAGCGUACAUGAAACAAUCAUCAUGUGUUAUACUUGAUGCGAAACUGAGAGACGAGUUUAAGGUUUAUAUAGCAAGGAAACUCGUACCGGAGUACAAAGAGUUUUACCAAAAGUACUUGCCAAUGCUUAGAGAGGAGAUAAACAUAGAGAUGCUGGUGAGGUUUAAACCUGAUAACUUGGAGAACUAUCUCUCCGAUCUUUUCCAUGGAACACCAAUGCUUAGUGACUCUUCUUCUUCUGCUUCUUCUUCUUCCAUGUGUAUCUCACUUGGAUGUGGAUGAAAAAUUCACAGAGCAUUGUCUAGCAUAUUCACUCAAAAAUGGAUGUAAAAAUUCAGCUUUGUAUAAUCAUACCGGAUUUUCUAGUGUCAUGAAAACCGGUCGGACCGGGUGAGUCUUUGGUUUGAUUAUAAAUUAUCGUUUAAUUCCCUACCCGAGAUGCAAACAAAUUUUAAUAUUUUACAAUCAUCCCUCAAGGCAUUGGAAUAAAAUAAACUCAAGAGAAUAUACUCAAAACCGCAUACUAUGUAAUUCAUAUAGGUGUUUCAAAAAAAA